CAACAGUUUACUAUAUGAAAGCUCUUUGGAGGCUUCUGUGAAAUGAGCUUGUUGUCUCAGUGUAACAGUUAGCAGAUGCUUGUUGUAAACAGCUGCCCUAACACUGGCAAACGUACAUGGUUGUAGUUUACUGCUGCAAACAUUGGCAACAUCAGCACAGUUCUAGCCUACAGCCACCAGAGGCCACUGCUGCUCUUUGCCUUUCUUAUGUGUAGCGUGAGCAGCUACAAGGAAUCACCCCAGAGGCAUCCAAGGAAUACAUCCAACCAAAACUGGCAACCCUAUGCUGUGAGGAUUUUAGAGGCAGAAAAGGGAGCGGAUCCCUCUCAUCACUGAGGUACAGGCAGACUCCAGUGUUUGGGCAACUUCUUGCUGAAUUUGAAGAUCAGAAAUCAAUAGCCAAACACUGAAGGGAUGCCAGCCCACUUGAUUUCUGGGGCUGUGGAGAAAAACUGGAGCAUGUGCACCCCUUAAAGGCUCUCAGACCCUAGAUGGCAAAGAAAAAGAGCCCAACGUUGCAACACCCUGCUUUUAAGCCACUUUUGAUGGGGAGGGGAUGAGGGCCUGACUCAGGCUAAUGUGUGGCAAUACUAGUGUCAUCAGAGGGUUGCUAACCAGCCCCCAAGGAUUUUGUCCUGGAGUCUCCAGGAAUUAAUCUUUUUAAAGACUAUGUCCCGCGAGGAAACUCCAGCAAUAGGGCCAACCUGAAUAGGGCCAACCUAGUGUCAUGACUUCCAGAGCCUGCCUCAAAGGGGAGCGCAGGAAGGGUAACGUGCGUGUGUGCGCGCGCGUGGCCACUCCCCUGCUGCAGGCGCGGGGGCUCAGGUUCUCCGUCCCUGCCCCGCCGCCCAACAGCUGCCGCUUGGCGAUUAGAACUCCGCUCCGCUCUCAGAAUUCCACAGUACCCGGAUGUCACAGAGGCCAGGCCAUCCAUCAUCGUUCACCUCUUCCUCCCUCCGCUCGCGAGUGCACGCGCAUAACCCCCUCCCAUUACCAGGGGUAGGGCGCAUGCGCCGCCGCCCUUCACUAGAAUCACUUUUCUUUCCCUCGCGACCUCAGACCUUUUGCGUCCGCGCGGGUAAAGCGCAAGCGCCUUUGCCGUGCGCAUUUCCCUCCCUCGCCGUUCACGCGCGUGCGCGUUUCACUUGUCUCGCGCAUCUCCAUACAGCGCCUCAAUCUCUGUGUAUAGGGCCGGUACGUUCUUUCCUCGCCUGCCCCACCCUUUCAACUGCCUCUUCCUCCGCCACCGCCGUUGCAGUGUGGUGGGGGAGCGAGUGCGCGCGCACGCGCACGAGCGUGCGGGGGGAGGGGGCAGCCAUGCCGAGGGGGCGGCCUUCCAAACCCAGCAGGGAGGACAGCAAGGCCGGUGCCGAGUCAGAUGGUGUUCUGACACUGAAUACAGAGAACAGUAAUUGUUCCUACCAAGUACCAAGCUUCCGUAAGUGUGAGAUCUGUUUGCUAUCUUUUUCAAAAGUGACACAGUUCCAGCGCCACAUGAGGGAUCAUGAGAGAAAUGACAAGCCUCAUCGGUGCGACCAGUGUCCGAUGUCAUUUAAUGUUGAGUUCAACUUGACACUUCAUAAAUGUACUCACAAUGGGGAAGAUCCGACAUGUCCUGUGUGUAACAAGAAAUUCUCCAGAGUGGCUAGUCUCAAAGCUCAUAUUAUGCUACAUGAGAAAGAAGAGAAUCUUAUUUGUUCAGAGUGUGGAGAUGAGUUUACUUUGCAGACCCAACUGUCCAUGCAUAUGGAAGAACAUCGUCAGGAAUUGGCUGGAAGCAGGACCCAUAGCUGCAAGUCCUGUAAGAAGGAAUUUGAGACUUCCUCACAGCUUAAGGAGCACAUGAAAACUCACUACAAAAUAAGGGUAUCCAAUACUAGAUCUUACAACCGAAAUAUUGACAGAAGUGGGUUUACAUAUUCAUGUCCGCACUGUGGAAAGACAUUCCAAAAACCAAGUCAGUUAACUCGACAUGUUAGAAUACAUACAGGUGAAAGACCAUUUACGUGUAGUGAAUGUGGAAAAGCCUUUAACCAAAAGGGGGCAUUACAGACACACAUGAUUAAACAUACUGGUGAAAAACCCCAUGCUUGUGCCUUUUGUCCAGCAGCCUUUUCUCAAAAAGGCAAUCUUCAGUCUCAUGUACAGAGAGUUCAUUCAGAGGUGAAGAAUGGCCCUACCUAUAACUGUACAGAAUGUAGCUGUGUUUUCAAAAGUUUAGGCAGCUUAAAUACUCACAUCAGCAAGAUGCAUAUGGGUGGUCCACAGAACUCAUCAAGCACUACUACGGAAGCAUCUCAUGUUACAACGGAUCCUGUGGCUCAGCCUCUAAUGACGUCUCCUGCUAACCUGAUGCAACCUGUUGAUAAUAAAUGGAAGAAUGCCACACAUUUUCGGUCUCCACUUCUUCAACAGACAGAAAACCAAGUAACUUCAGCUGCAGGUCAACAAGGGCAACAGGCUGUAACAGAUGUCAUCCAGCAGCUCCUUGAGCUGUCAGAGCCAGGUCCAGUGGAAAAUAACCAGCCCCAGCAACCUGGCCAACAACUCAAUAUUGCAGUAGGACUCAAUCGAGACAUUUUGCAGCAAGCCUUAGAAAACAGUGGGCUAUCUUCAAUUCCAGUCUCAGCGCAUCCUACAGACUGCAGCCAGGCUAAGAAUCCUACAACACAGGAUCAAAAUCCAGAUGUUCAGAAUCUUUCUAAUCAUCAAGCUGACCCUAAUAAUGCAGAACAAGAUAAAGAGCAAGAAAGCCCAGAUAAGAUGGAUAAAAAAGAGAAAAAGGUUAUAAAGAAAAAGUCACCAUUUUUACCUGGUUCUGUACGUGAAGAGAAUGGAAUAAGAUGGCAUGUUUGCCCAUAUUGCUCUAAAGAAUUUAAAAAACCCAGUGAUCUAGUGCGCCACAUUCGAAUUCACACGCAUGAGAAGCCAUUCAAGUGUCCCCAGUGUUUCCGCGCCUUUGCUGUGAAGAGCACUCUCACAGCACACACAAAAACACAUACUGGCAUUAAAGCUUUUAAGUGCCAGUAUUGUAUGAAAUGUUUUUCCACCUCAGGAAGCUUAAAAGUUCACAUUCGUCUGCAUACAGGUAUUAGACCUUUUGCUUGUCCUCACUGUGAUAAAAAGUUCAGAACAUCUGGCCACAGGAAGACUCACAUUGCUUCACACUUUAAACACACUGAAUUACGAAAGAUGCGACAUCAGCGUAAACCUGCAAAAGUUCGAAUAGGAAAGACCAGCGUUCCAGUACCGGAUAUUCCUUUGCAAGAACCCAUACUCAUCACUGAUUUAGGUCUUAUCCAGCCAAUCCCAAGGAAUAGCCAGUUUUUCCAAAGUUAUUUUAAUAAUAGUUUUGGAAAUGAAGCAGACAGGCCAUACAAGUGUUAUUACUGCAAUCGAGCAUAUAAAAAAUCUUGCCAUCUUAAGCAACAUAUCAGAUCACACACUGGUGAGAAGCCAUUUAAAUGUUCUCAGUGCGGAAGAGGUUUUGUCUCGGCUGGAGUGUUAAAAGCGCAUAUUAGAACUCAUACUGGAUUGAAAGCUUUUAAGUGUCUUAUAUGUAAUGGGGCCUUCACUACUGGUGGUAGCCUCAGGCGACACAUGGGGAUUCAUAAUGAUCUUCGACCAUAUAUGUGUCCAUAUUGUCAAAAAACAUUCAAAACUUCAUUAAACUGCAAAAAACACAUGAAAACUCAUAGGUAUGAGCUUGCACAGCAGCUUCAGCAGCACCAGCAAGCUGCUUCAAUAGAUGAUUCAACAGUAGAUCAGCAGAGCAUUCAUGUUUCCACUCAAAUGCAAGUAGAGAUUGAAAGUGAUGAGCUGCAGCAGCCAGAAGCUGUCACAACAGAUCAGGAAGCUAUUUUAGAACUAGACCAGCAGCAGGUGGUAGCCACAGAAGAAACAGGACUGGGACAACAAUUGACUGACCAAUCUUUAGAGCAAGAUGAAGAUAGGUUUGUGACAUCCCAACAUGCUUUACAGGAGAACAUCAAUCAAUUUGAACAGCAAACUCUAACACAACAGUCAUUUGAUCAGCAAGGGUUAUCACAAGGUUUUACAGUGAAUGAUAGCUACAAUCAACAGAAUCAAUUUUCAGCUGUACAGCAGCUACAGGAUUCAAGCACACUUGAGUCUCAGGCUCUUUCAACAAGUUACCAUCAACCAAAUCUGCUUCAAGUUCCUAACCCAGAGACUAUUAAUGUGACUACUCGCCUCAUACAAGAUCAGUCACAAGAAGAACUUGAACUGCAUGCCCAACGCCCCCAGUUUCUUGAGGACAAUGAAGAUCAAAGCAGACGUUCAUACAGAUGUGACUAUUGCAACAAGGGUUUUAAGAAAUCCAGCCAUUUGAAGCAGCAUGUGCGAUCACACACUGGUGAGAAACCUUAUAAAUGCCAGCUGUGUGGCCGUGGAUUUGUUUCCUCAGGAGUUCUUAAAUCACAUGAGAAGACUCACACAGGAGUUAAAGCAUUCAGCUGUAGCAUUUGCAAUACAGCUUUCACUACCAAUGGCAGCCUUACCAGGCACAUGGCAACUCAUAUGAGCAUGAAGCCUUACAAGUGCCCAUUCUGUGAUGAAAGCUUCCGAACAACCGUUCACUGCAAAAAGCACAUGAAAAAACACCAGACGGUCUCCUCUGCAGUAGCAGCAACUGGAGAGGCCGGAGGAGGAGUUGUAUGUGUGGAAGAAGAUGAUGAAAAUUCUGAAAGAACUGCUUCCAGAAAGUCUCGUCCUGGUGUCAUCACUUUCACCGAGGAAGAAACAGCAGAACUGGCAAAAAUUAGACCUCGAGAAAGUGCUACAGUCUCAGAAAAAGUUCUUGUCCAGUCUGCUGCGGAAAAGGACAGAAUCAGUGAGAUCAAAGAUAAGCAUGCAGAACUGGAAGCGGAGCCCAAAUACGCCAAUUGUUGUACUUAUUGUCCCAAAAGCUUUAAAAAACCCAGCGAUUUAGUCAGGCAUGUUCGUAUCCACACUGGGGAGAAACCAUAUAAAUGUGAUGAAUGUGGAAAGAGUUUUACUGUGAAGUCUACUCUGGAUUGCCAUGUAAAAACGCACACAGGUCAAAAGCUCUUCAGUUGCCAUGUAUGCAGUAAUUCUUUUUCUACCAAAGGGAGUCUAAAAGUGCAUAUGCGUCUGCAUACAGGAGCAAAGCCAUUUAAGUGUCCACACUGUGACUUACGGUUUCGUACUUCAGGACGCAGAAAAACGCACAUACAGUGUCACUAUAAACCAGAAACCAAGAGGGUCAGGAAGCCUGUUACCCGUACAUCUGCUGAGGGAUUACAACCAGUGAAUCUUCUUAAUUCUUCCACGACAGAUCCCAAUGUUUUUAUCAUGAAUAACUCUGUUCUGACAGGUCAAUUUGAUCAAAAUUUGCUUCAGCAAGGACUUGUGAGCCAGGCAAUCCUUCCUGCUUCUAUGUCAGCUGGAGGUGACUUAACUGUGUCCUUGACAGAUGGUAGCUUGGCCACCCUUGAAGGCAUACAGUUACAGCUUGCUACUAAUCUGGUUGGGCAGAAUGUUCAAAUUUCUGGAAUAGAUGCUGCCAGUAUUAACAACAUCACAUUACAGAUUGAUCCCAGUAUUUUACAGCAGACAUUACAGCAGAGUAACUUACUUGCCCAGCAUCUAACUGGGGAUCCCAGUAUGGCUCCACAGAACAACUCCCUCCAGACAACAGACAGCACCGUGCCAGCUAAUGUGGUUAUCCAGCCCAUAUCAGGCUUGUCUUUACAGCCAACAGUUACAUCUUCAGCUAAUAUGACGAUAGGACCACUGUCUGAGCAAGACUCUGUGUUAUCAACUAACAGUAAUGGUGCACAAGAUCUCUCUCAAGUGAUGACCUCACAGGGUAUGGUGUCCACUUCGAAUGGUCAGCAUGAGAUAACAUUGACCAUAAAUAACUCAAGUUUGAGUCAAGUUCUAGCUCAUGCUGCUGGUUCCACCACUACAAACUCAUCAGGAAGCCCACAAGAAAUUACCCUCACCAUAUCUGGUCAAGAUCUUAUUCAGCAUAAUUCUUCUGGAAGUAAUGAGUUGAAUGGGAGUUUACGACUGACAACACCAUCAAUUAGCAAUCAAUCAACAGGUGCUACGUUAACUAUAAGCAAUGAUCAACUUCUGUCUCAGGGUACAUCACUGAACGCUUCAGAACUUAAUACGUCAAGUGGAAAUCUUCCUUCAACACCACCCAUGUCUCAAUCCACAGUUUCUGCUCAGAACUUAGUAAUGUCUUCGUCAGGAGUUGGAGGAGAUGGUAGUGUUACCUUGACCUUGGCUGAUACUCAGGGCAUGUUAUCUAGUGGUCUUGAUUCAGUUACACUUAAUAUCACUUCACAGGGUCAGCAAUUCCCUGCUUUACUCACAGAUUCUAGUCUCUCCAGCCAAAGCGGUUCGGGCUCACAGCAAGUCAUACUGGUGAGCCAUGCACCACAUUCAGCAUCUACAAACUCUGAUGAAAUAACAUAUCAGGUGGCUGAGGUUUCUUCUAACCUGACUAAGGGUAAUCAAGAAAAGGAGGGCCGUGUACACCAAUGUUUUGAAUGUAGUCAGACCUUUUCUUCAGCCACAAUGUUAAUGCACCACAGUAAAGAGGUUCAUGGCAAGGAGAGAAUUCAUGUAUGCCAUGUUUGCAAUAAAGCCUUCAAACGGGCAACACAUCUCAAGGAGCACAUGCAAACCCAUCAGGCUGGACCUUCACUAAGUUCCCAGAAGCCACGAGUGUUUAAAUGUGAUACUUGUGAAAAGGCUUUUGCUAAACCAAGUCAGCUGGAGAGGCAUAGCCGCAUACACACAGGGGAACGUCCAUUUCAGUGUACACUGUGUGAUAAAGCUUUUAACCAGAAGAGUGCCCUUCAGGUGCAUAUGAAAAAGCACACGGGAGAGAGGCCUUACAAAUGUGAUUACUGUGCAAUGGGCUUUACACAGAAAAGCAAUAUGAAACUCCAUAUGAAACGAGCUCAUGGCUAUGCUGGUACUAUACAAGAAUCUGCCAGUCAGCAAGAACAAGAAGGGGAAGAUAUUAAUCGUGCUUUGAAUUUAGAAGAGGUUGUUCAAGAAUCUUCAAAUGAAUGGCAGAGUAUAAGCAAUGUAUUUCGAUGACACCUUAGUUGAAAGCUUUGCUUUCAGGACUUGAAUUUCUCAACAUAUGUUUUGAAAAAAGUAAAGCAUAUGGAUUUUACAGUUGAUGCUUCAAGCAUUGAAAAUAUUAACAAUAGAAUAAUAUAUUAUAGUUUUUUUUAAUUAUUUACAAAAAGUACUUAAAUAGAAUCAUUGUUUUUGUAAGCUUGUGGGAAAAUAUUGAAAAAACAUCAAUUAAUCUGUGUUAAGUUGUCUACAAAUCAAUGAACUCAGGUAAUACUACAUGCGGUUUCAUCUUCUAACCCACAGACAGUAUAUCUAGUUGAACAAUUAACUGGAACUUCAUAUCAGGAAAGAGUGAUUCCCUUGUAUUAGUAAAGAAGAUGAAAAGUAACUUCAUGGGAAAACCAUGAAAAUUGUCAUUUACUUUUUUAUUUUAUUUUUUUAAUGUAUAGCAAAAAUGUUUGAGGUUAGAAAGAAAAGUGUUAUGAUAGAGAUGCAUGCAGUACAGAAUUAAUUUUUACAAUGCACAGUAAAGUGUUAAAAGUCUGUUCUUAGUUUCUUUUGGUGCUUUUGAGGAAUUUUGGAAAGUGAAUUGCCCUUGCAUUAAAUGGUAUUUAUGUAGCUAAUCUCUUGAGAGGUGACCGGGCUAUUUCCAUUCCAGUUGUAGAGACAGUCAUUAGUUUUUUCCCUCAAAAUGUCUGAGGCUUCAAAUUCAGCAAUAAAUAUUCAAAGAAAAUCCAAACUAAAGAGAUUAAACUGAUUGAACGCCCCCGUUUUUAGGUUUGCUGUAAGGAUCAGCAGGCAGAUACUUGAGUAUUUGUGGAAAGCACAAGCCAUAUUCUAAAGUUGGGAGGUAACCUAAAAUUGUACAUUUUAAUAGCAGAUGGAUAGUAAGCUGCAGUACAGGUCACCUCAAUUAACAUAAAAGUAAUCUGUACUGUAGACAUUUUUAGUUCCGAAUCUGUAAAAGCAUCAUUAUUUUCUCAUGCAUCUAUUCUGAAAGCAUUUUACCAUGGUGUGUGUGUGGGGGGGAGGGGUUUGGUGUGGUUUUAUUUUUUGUUUUUUGGUUUUUUUAAAUUAUUUUUUCAGUAAAACUACCUAGUUAACUUAAGGUACAUCUACAGCUAUGGCAGUGUGUAGAGUAGAGACACAGCAUCCCCAGCUAGCGGGGUGUAAAUAGCUGUAGAUGGUGAGGCAUGGUUUAGGUGAGUAGCGUAGAGUGCCCUACACAACUCAGCCCUCAGGGUAUAUAUCCAAGCACGGCCUCCCAUGUCUAUGUUGCUAAUUUCUGUACGUAGUGUCCCACUGCCUCUCCAUUGCCAGAGCCUUUUCGUUGCUGCCUGCACACAGCAGUAUGUAGCUACUCACCUUAGUGAUGAGUGUGGAUGCCACCUGCCUUUCGCCAUGGCGUGUAGCUACACGUGUAGUGCCUUUACUCUACUUGCCGCUGUAAGUGUAGACAUAGCCUUAGUACUGCUCUGAAAGGUGCCACUUGUUAAGUGUAUUCAUAACAAAGAAACACUGGAGUAAAACUUAAGUCAUGUUUUAUACAUUCCAAAGACAGAAAGCUCUUUGCUUACUUUUACUUUGUUCCUUUGAAUUUAUUUAUAUGUUAUAUAUAUGUAUGUAUAUAUAAAAAUAUGUGGGCCUCUAUGUGGCUGAUCAGUAUAUUUUGUAAAUAGUAAUCCCAAUUGCAGGAAGAUUUCAUUAAGUUUUCAAGUUCAUAUGAGUACUUCUAGAUCAAUAUUGGAUUCAUUGUAAUGUAAAAUAGAAUUGGGUUUUAUUUUACCUUUUGCAAAAUAAUCGCCUUUUAUUUGCUCUCAGAUCCAAAAAACACUUUUUUCCCCUUUUGGUAAAUAUUAUCUAUACUUUGUCUGCUAUAAAACCUAGUCAUUUCAGAUUCCUGAAGAAAGAAAUCACUGUUGUUUUUGAUAGGGAAUCUCUUAUUUCUUUUGUUAACUCUUUGCAUAUGUAUAUAAGUAAUAUAGCUGGUGACAAAAAAAUAACAUUUUUGUUAUGUGGAAAUAUUUAAGUCAGAAAUGUUAAUAAUAAUAAUUU